UAAUAAAUUUUUAAAGUUAAAUUACGCAACAAAUUAUUUCUAUUUACACAAGGAUUUCUAGUUUAUGCUCUAAAAAAUUAUAAAAACUAUCAAAAAAUGUCUCACGAACAUCUCCAUGGAAAGCCGAUAACUGUUUUGACAUUCUCGGAAACAAAGGAAAUUAUUAUCGAUAAUGACGAACUUGAAAAGAUGUUCAAUUAUCCAGAAAUUCAAGAACGUAAAGUUGUGAUACUUUCCUUAAUUGGUGCAUUUAGAGGCGGCAAAAGCUUCUUCUUGGAUUAUUGCUUGCGGUUCCUUUAUGCUCAUUUCCCAUCCAUAAACAAUCCAUGGGAAGAAACUCAAUUCAUCUUUGAGACAAAUGACAGCUGGUUGGGCGAACCUGAUGAACCAUUGACUGGAUUCUCGUGGCGUUCAGGCACAAAACGUGAUACAACUGGCAUCAUCAUGUGGAGUGACGUCUUCCUGCAUACAAUAGACAGAACUGGAGAGAAAAUUGCAAUUUUUGUGAUGGACACGCAAGGAUUAUUUGACAAUGAGUCAACUCCAGCUGAUAAUUCAAGGAUCUUUGCACUUGGAACUGUAAUUUCAUCAAUUCAGGUGCUGAACCUUAUGAAUCGAGUUCAGGAAGAUCAGCUGCAAUAUCUUCAAUUUGCUACGGAAUUCACAAAGUUCACAACUGUAGAAACUGUUGAGGAGAACCAAAAGCCAUUCCAAAACUUGACAUUUCUCAUCCGUGAUUGGACCAAUGAUGAGGAAUUUGAAUUCGGAAUCGAAGGUGGAAACAAAUACUUUGAAGAGGAAGUUCUCAAAAUUACAGCAACUCAAAUGCCUGAACUACGAUCGGUCCGUGAAUCAAUUAAAAGCUCAUUCGAACACAUUGGAUGCUGCUUGUUGCCACAUCCAGGUAGAGCAGUUGCUGGUCGUAAAACAUACGAUGGCAAAUUGUCAGGAAUGGAAAAAGAUUUCAAGGAAGAGCUGAAAAAAUUCAUCGAGCAUCUCUUGCUGCCUGACAACAUGAUUCUUAAGAAGAUCAAUGCACAAGAAAUAACUGGAAAGGAACUAAGAACUUACAUUGAAAAAUAUUUUAAAUUAUUCCAGUCAAACGAAAUCCCAGAGACUAAGACAAUCUACGAGAUGACAGUCGAGAGUCACAUGAGCAAUUUGGUAAAGUCUUGCAUCCAUGACUACUAUUUAACAAUUUACCGCAAUGAUUACUUGUUGACUGACAAGAGCAUCACAACUGUCCAUCAAAAUUGUAAAGCAAGAGCACUAAAGCUUUAUGAAAGUGAGAAGAAAAUGGGAACUUCUGAGCAUGAAGAGAAGUAUAAAGCAAUACUAAGCAACGAAAUUGAAAAAAUUUUCAUAGAUUCUCACAAUAAUUUGGUCAAUAAAUUCAAAGGAAUUGAGGAAAUUAAAGAACAGUUAAAAGAUGCACUGGCAAGAGAAAAGCUGCAAAAGGAAGAAGCUGAAAAAUCCAAACAGACGGCAGAAUCAAAGCUGAAAGAUCUAGAAGAAAAGUUGAAUAAAAAGCUGAUCAGCGUUAAGGAAUAUACAAAUCAGAAAAUAAUACUUACUGAACGUAUGGCAGCUGAAAAGAAGAAACUUGAAGACAUUGAAGCUAAGGACAAAGAAAAUACAUCUUUUGGAUGGAAAUUAGCAAAAGCUGUAGGUCUAGUUUUAGGUGUUGGAGUCUUAGCAGCAGGAUUAGGAAUUUCUUUAAUGGCACAGCUUGGUGCCGAACGAUAAAAAAUUCAAUAUUUGCCUUGAAUGUCUUAAGUUUUAUGCAAUUUAACUUUGUGGUCUUGUAGCAAAGUAUUGAUAAAAUAUGUUUUGAAAUCCGAUUAAGAGCGGAGCUGAUAAAAAUGAUUUUAAUUCUGUCUUUUUAUCUUACAACACCAACGACCCGGGCCCUCCUUUAACUCAAUAUUAUUGCCUUAACAAAACAGGCAAAAAAUUUUUUCUUCACAUAAUCAAGCAUCUUUUAAUUGAUGACCACACACUUUCAACAGCUAUAACAGCUUCUUCUACAGCAGCAGCAGAUCUUACAAUUGCAUAUGAACCUUCAGUCACAGCAGACAUGCCAGCUGGUAAUCCACCAGUAACAACUGUUGCACCGACUAAAGCAACAACUCCAACAACUGAUAUCAAUGUUCUCCUGAAUUCUCCUUGUUCCCUAAAUCUCAUUUCCAUGUCUUGGGUCCUCAAUUGUUCAGCAUGAACUCUAGCUUCAUACAUCAUCCUUUGCCUUUCAUAUUCUGCAGCUUCGAUUUGAUUUUGUCGAUCUUCGAGUCUUCUUAGACGUUCUUCUGCUUGUAUUAAUGCUUCUGUAGCUUCCAGACGUUGUUGCUGCUCUCUUACUAUAGCUGCAUGCUGAACCAUCAACUCAGCUUCAAUUUCCUUUGAUUUUUGCUCACUCUGCUCAUUAAAGUACUCGUAAAACUUGUCAAUUUCAUCAAUCAAUUCUGUUCUGAAUUUUUCAUCAUGCUCGGAACUUCCCAUUUUCUUUUCAUGGCUGUACAGCACCAGAGCUUUUUCCUUGCAUUUUUCAUGGAUGAUUGGCAUGCUUUCUUUAGUGAUUAAGUCAGAAUUGCGAUAAACUGUCAUUUUGUAGUCAUUGACACACUUCUUGACCAAGCUGUUCAUGUGACUCUCGACAGUGAACUCAUAAAUGCUGGAUGUCCUGGGAACUUCGGUUGACUGAAAGAUUGUGAAGAAGUUCUUGAGAUAUUGACUCAUGUCCUUGACAUUUACAUCAAUUGAAUUAAUUUGCUUGAUUAUUAAAUUGUCAGGCAUUAGAAGGAACUCGAUAAAUGUUUUAAGUUCUGACCUGAAUUCUUCGUUCAUUUCAGACCAUCGACCGUCAUAAUUCUUACGACUUGCGACUAUUUUUCCAGGAUAUGGCAACAAACAGCAUUCGAUUUUAUUAAAACACUCGAAAAUUGUCUCUCUGACUGACUGCAGUUCCUGGUUAUUGCAAUUAUUUGGGGAUAAAACUUCUUUAAUGUAUUUAUUACCACCAGCAGUUCCGUAGCUGUAUUCAUCAUCAUUAUUCCAGUCACGAAUGAGAAAUGUCAAAUUUUGGAAAGGCUUUUCAAUCAUGCUGCUGCCUGCAAACUUCGCAAACUCCGUGGCAAAUUGUAAAUACUGAAAAUGAUCUUCUUGAGCUCGAUUCAUGAGGUUCAGCAGUUGAAUAGACGAAAUUAGAUUGCCAAGUGCAAAGAUCCUUGAAUUAUCAGCUGGAGUUGACUCGUUGUCAAAUAAUCCUUGCGUGUCCAUCACAAAAAUUGCAAUUUUCUCUCCAGUUCUGUCCAGUGUGUGCAGGAAGACGUCAUUCCACAUGAUGAUGCCAGUUGUGUCACGUUUUGUGCCUGAACGCCAUGAAAAUCCAGUCAAUGGUUCAUCAGAUUCGCCCAUCCAGCUGUCAUUUGUCUCAAAGAUACAUUGAGUUUCUUCCCAUGGAUUGUUUAUGGACGGGAACUGCAAAAAGUUAAGGAUUAAUUCCAUAAUCUGACUUAAUAACUAAAGUUAUACUCACAUGAGCAUAAAGGAACCGCAAGCAAUAAUCCAAGAAGAAGCUUUUGCCACCUCUAAAUGCUCCAAUGAUUGACAUAAUCACAACUUUACGAUCUUGAAUUUCAGGAUGUCCAAAAAUCUUAUCGAGUUCUGAGUCAUCAACGACAAUUUCUUUUGAAUUCAUAAAACUCAAAAUAUUAAUUGCCUUUCCAAAUUUCUGAUCUGAUGUCAUGUUUUAUUUGAUACGGAAAAUGUUUAAGGCAUACAAUAAGACUAUCAAAAUGUAUAAUAACUAUCGCGCUACAAAAAUAUUUUAAAUUUAAAAUCACCGGCUUUUAAUGGUCAAAAAUUGAUAAAAAUGCAAUUU